ACUUCCAGCAAGUUAGCUAGAGAGCGAGAGGGUGAAUUGAAGCGGUUUGGUGCCGCUGAGGAUUGUAACCUGGUCAAGUCAAUGCACAAGCAUGUGGAGCCAUCCUUUAAUGCACUAUGGAUAAAUACACUAAGGUGAGCAAAAUUGGGGAAGGAUCAUUUGGGAAAGCUAUUCUUGUGAAGUCCAAGGAAGAUGGAAAGCAGUAUGUUAUCAAGGAGAUCAACAUUUCAAAGAUGUCUAACAAGGAGAGGCAGGAAUCGAGGAGAGAGGUGGCUGUUCUUGCAAAUAUGAAACAUCCCAAUAUUGUCCAAUACAGGGAGUCAUUUGAAGAAACUGGCUGCUUGUAUAUAGUGAUGGACUAUUGUGAAGGUGGGGAUCUAUUUAAGAGGAUUAAUGCUCAGAAAGGUGUUUUGUUCUCUGAAGAUCAGAUCAUGGAUUGGUUUGUACAAAUCUGCCUUGCCCUGAAACAUGUGCAUGACAGAAAAAUUCUUCACAGGGACAUAAAAUCACAGAAUAUCUUUUUGACCAAAGAUGGGACAAUUCAGCUGGGUGAUUUUGGAAUUGCAAGGGUCCUCAAUAGCACUGUUGAAUUGGCUAGAACAUGCAUAGGAACUCCAUACUACUUGUCACCUGAAAUUUGUGAAAACAAGCCUUACAAUAACAAAAGUGAUAUCUGGGCCUUGGGGUGUGUGCUAUAUGAAAUGUGCACCCUUAAGCAUGCAUUCGAAGCUGGAAACAUGAAGAAUCUGGUGCUUAAGAUAAUCCGUGGGUCCUACCCUCCUGUCUCUGUCCAUUACUCUUAUGAUUUACGCAAUCUGAUGUCACAUCUCUUCAAGAGAAAUCCUAAGGAUAGACCUUCCGUAAACUCCAUAUUGGAGAAUCCUUUUAUAUCCAGACGAAUACAAAAGUUUCUCACGCCACAGUUUAUUGCUCAGGAAUUCAGCUAUCCAGCUCUCCAUAAACAGCCUAAAGUCAGUGAGGCUCAAGUAGCAGCAGUAAAGAGGCCUACUCAGGGACAGGCAUCAGCUUGUGCAGCCCCAGCUCAAAAAAUCACCAAACCUGCUGCCAAGUAUGGAGUGCCUUUAACUGUGAGAAAGUGUGGAGAUACAGCACAAAAGUCUGCAGAGAGGAAGCCACUAGUAAAACAUAAACAGGCUCAACCAGUCCCAGCGAGGAGAGUAAGUCGUGCUGGAGAAGAGAGGGUAAAGUACGAGGAAUUUGUCAGGAAGAAAAGAUUGGAGUUCAUGGAAAAAGAUAGAAAACAAAGGGAGCAAAUCUAUCUCCUCAAGGCAGGACAGAUGAAACGAUUUGAGAGAGAAAAGCUCAAUCGUAUAAAUAGAGCUCGAGAGCAAGGCUGGAAGCAUGUGCUCAGCUCCAGCGGAGGUGGAGGAAGUCCUGAGCAUAAGGUUGCAUUCUUUGGAGGUGGUGGGAUCCAAGCAUCGGCAUCAAACAGGGGGCAUUAUGAACACUACCAGAUGCAAAAACAAAAACCUCAGAAAGAAGCUAUAAAAGCUGGGGGAGAUGUUUCUGUCAGGGGUGUUCUGGCAGCUGCAGGACCCAUCUUUCCCCAUGGUGCAGCUGAACCUCCUAAUCUCCCUGAUCCUGAUGCAGUGAAAAGGGAGCUGAAAAGAUUGGAAUCUGUCUCAAAGCAAGCCAACGUCAGCAAACAAAGAGGACAAGUGGCAGCAGAAAGGGCUAAGCAGGUGGAAGAAUUCUGGCAAAGGAAAAGGGAGGCCAUGCUAAACAAGGCUCGUGCUGAAGGACAACUGGGUGCCCUGCAAAACCUGGCAGCUAUCUAUGGAAGCAGGCCAAAGUCUGCAGGAGGUGGGAAAGCACAAAACAAGGAAGAAGAGGAAUAUUUGGCUAGGUUGCGACAAAUACGGCUUCAAAAUUUCAAUGAGCGGCAACAGAUUAAAGCCCGACUUCGUGGAGAGAAGUAUGACACAGAAGGUUCAGAUAGCCAGGAAUCUAGUGAUGAAGCAGAACUAAGGAGAAAGAAAAUUGAAGCCCUCAAGGCCCAAGCAAAAGCUCGAGCAGCAGUUCUGAAAGAGCAGCUGGAAAAGAAGAGAAGAGAAGCUUAUGAAAGAGAGAAGAAAGCCUGGGAGGAUCACCUUGCAGCUCGGGGAGUGAAGGUGGCACCUGCUGUGGUAGCCCCAGUGAUGGGAGCAAGCUCCGGCCUGCAGGACCCCACCACUAAAGCACAGCCUCCGCCGAGACUUGACAUGCCAGCCAUAUCUAUGACUGCUGCUUUGAAGGAUGUUAGUGCUGAGGAUCUUCCAUCUGCUGUACAAGUAUUGAAAAACCCAGAUUCUGCAGUCAUUCAGAGUGAGAAACGAGAGAUACUGCGUAAGUUGAAUGAAAAUUUGAAGGUCCAGAACUGCACAGUGGAGCAGGCAAUCCAGCUAUCAGAAAAUCCAAACAUACAACAGCAGAUGAUGGUUCAACCUAAGAGAGACUUCUAUGAGGAGGGAGUGCCCUCUGCAGGGGACAGGAAGAAGUGGGAUGCUGGAAUUCAACCUGACAUCUCUUUAGCACAGCAGACCCUAGAGGAAACCUUCUUGGCCACAUCUGAUAAGACCGUGGGAGAAGUCAUUAAGCUUGAUGCUUCAGAUGGCCCAAGGCGAGCCUGGGGAAAGCACCCUGAUAGCCAUGUGCUGAAAGUGCUGGGAGAAGCCAUACUGCAGCCACAGACUCUGUUCUUUGGAGAAACAAAUGAUGAAAUUAAUAGAAAGCAAGGCUUUAAACCAGUUAUAGAGAAGACCUGUGCUGUUGGAGAUACUCUGGUGGGAAAUAGCAUAGGUGCUGCAAUUGAGAAUACUACUGCAACAAGAGAAAAAGAGAAAGAACAGGACAAACCCAAAGAAAAAACACCAACGGAACUGAAUUUGUUACCUCAACUUAUCUCUCCUCAUGGGAAUUUGGAUGAGCCAGAGGAUUUGGAAGCAGAGGAGCUAGAGCAAGCUUCUGGCAAACCUGAGGCUGCAGAGUCCCUGAAUGGUGUUAUUAAUGCUUGGCAGAAUGAAUCACUCAAGCUGAAGUCACAAGAAAGUAGUAUUCCUCAUGCUGAGUCGGGCAGUGAGGAUGAAAAGACAGAAGACACCAAACAGACAGAGCUUACAGCCAAAAGGGAGAUCUGUGAGGAGAGCUCAGCAUUGGAGCCCUUGUUACAGAAGGUGGCUUCCCCAGCACACAGAAGGGCAACAGCUCUGGCAAUCCUGUCUGCACAAUCAUCACAAGAGGAUUCUGUGACAUCUCGGUCACGCUCUGUUUCACCAAUUAAAUCCAAAGACAAGGACUCUCUUCUCAUUGGACUGUCAACAGGUUUGUUUGAUGCCAAUAACCCCAAGAUGCUGAGAACAUGCUCCCUGCCAGAUCUUAGCAAGCUUUUUAGAACUUUUGUUAAUAACAAUGCAGAUGCUCCAGAUGACAAUAUUGAAAUAGAUUACAUUGAGGAUGAACCAAUCAAAGUUGAAGGACACUCAGACUCUGAAGACACUAUGUUUGAGGAGACAUAUGAAGACCUCCAAGAACUUCAGGCCUCCAUGGAGAGACUGCUGCAGGAGCAGCCCAGUGAGGAGUAUAGCGAGGAGGAUGAGGUUGGAUUAAAUGCCAGCCCCUCUGAAGAUGCAUUGGAUGGAGUGGAGAUUUUGGCUAAUGGGUUUGACAAGGAAGAAAAUCACCCUAGCAUUGGGAGUGAACUCAAUGAAGAGUGGCAUUCUGAUAUCACAGAUGAAGAAGCAACAAGUGAUGCUGAUGAUCAGGAUAGUAUAUUCAGCCGCCUAGAAGAGCUGAGGUUCCAUUUGGAGCAGGAUAUGGGAUUUGAGAACUUCAUUGAAGCCUAUAAUAAAAUAAAGGCUAUUCAUGAAGAUGAAGAUGAGAAUAUUGAUAUUGGGUCAGAUAUCAUACUUAAUAUUCUGGGAAGUGAACACCAGCACUUGUACCCCAAGAUUCUUCAGCUUGUUAUGGCAGAUGGAGCCUAUCAGGAGGACAAUAAUGAAUAGAGCCUUCUCUUCAGGUCUGUAAGCAAUUGACAUCUUCCCAGGCUGUGAUGAGUGAAAGAGUGGGCUUGCACAGGUUUUUGGAGCACAGCUACUGGAAAAGUGGGUCAAGCAUGUAAUGGAUGCAUGGUAAAUUACUGGUUCACAGCAGAUCUUUUGUAGCAUCUUCGAAUUUUUUCUCAUAAUUAUUUUUCUUUUUCUUAUCGCAAUCUUUCUAAUGUGGAAGCAUAUAAUGUAGUACAUAACCAAGUGUAACUUUUGAUGGGUAAAUAUAGACAUGUAGUCAACAUUAAAUACUUCACCAGUAAACAGAAAUCAACCUGUAAAUUAUUUGACUCUGAAAAAGAGGAAAAACAGUUGUACCUGAUAUUCUUGAUAAUUAGGAUUAUGAAAUCAUGAGCCUUCUGUGUAAUCUUUCUAUUUGACCUUUUUUAAGUAAUCAGGUCAGAUUCACGAGGCAGCAAACCCUUUCAUUCUCAAAUGUGUACACUUCUUGUUCUAUCCGAUAAACCACUUUUUCAAAGUUUAUUCAUACUUUUUUUUAUUCACUUAACUUGAAAAUUAUUUAAAAGACAGUCUACUUUGAAGGAAUCAAAACGUGUGCAAUGAUAAGGUUUCAAUUACAGUUGACUACAUGUGAUAAUAGGAAUGUUGUAUAAAAUUAAAAACAGCAAGGUAUUUACAUUUUAGUAAAAUCGAGAUUUUAAAGUGCUCUUUUUCGUUAAUAUAAAUGCUGAUAUGUAUCAAUCUUUAAAUGUAAAAUAAAUGCUUACCUUUUACUAGCA